CUCCCGAGAAGUGCUCUCUUGAGCGGGCUCCCUGAAUUUAACCAUGACCCAGACUGUUAAACUGGCCUCCAGAGUGUUCCACGGAAUCCGCUGGUCUCCACGGUUGAUUGCCUCCCUGGGUUCGCGAGGCUCCAAUUCAGCCCUCCCAAGCUUGAGGGGCAUCCCGGGUCCCUCCAUGCCUAGCUUCCUGGCUGAACUUUUCUGCAAAGGGGGGCUGUCCAGGCUACAUGACCUGCAGGUGCAAGGCGCUGCGCGCUUCGGGCCAGUGUGGUCGGCCAGCUUCGGUACACUGCGCACGGUGUACGUGGCCGCCCCCGCACUGGUGGAACAGGUGCUGCGACAGGAGGGUCCUUGUCCCGAGCGUUGCAGCUUCUCCUCUUGGGCGGAGCACCGUCGCCGCCACCAGCGGGCUUGCGGGCUGCUCACCGCGGAAGGUGGGGAAUGGCAGCGGCUCCGCAGCCUCCUGGCCCCUCUGCUCCUCCGGCCUCCAGCGGCCGCGGGCUACGCUGAGACCCUGGACAGUGUGGUCCGUGACCUUGUGCGACGACUCAAGAGCCAGCGAGGACGUGGCACCGGCCCGCCGAACCUGGUUCGGAACGUGGCAGGAGAGUUUUACAAGUUUGGACUGGAAGGCAUAGCCGCGGUUCUGCUGGGGUCGCGCCUGGGCUGCCUGGAGGCCGAAGUACCCCCGGACACAGAGACCUUCAUCCGUGCAGUAGGCUCGGUGUUUGUGUCCACGCUGCUGACCAUGGCGAUGCCCAGCUGGAUGCACCGUCUUGUGCCCGGGCCCUGGGACCGUCUUUGCCGAGACUGGGACCAGUUGUUUGCCUUUGCCCAGCAGCACGUGGAGCAGCGAGAGGGUGAGGUGACCAUGAGGAGCCCGGGAAAGCCUACGAAGGGCCCGUCGUCUGGGCCUCACCUAACCUACUUCCUUUUUCGGGAGAAAUUGCCUCUUCAGUCCAUCGUGGGGAAUGUGACAGAGCUGUUACUGGCUGGAGUGGACACGGUCUCCAACACGCUCUCCUGGGCCCUCUACGAGCUCUCUCGACACCCUGAAGUGCAGUGCGCACUCCACUCUGAAAUCACAGCUGCCCUAGGCCCUGGCUCCUGUGCCCGCGUCCAAUCCACUGCUCUGUCUCGGCUGCCCCUGUUGAAGGCUGUGGUCAAGGAAGUGCUAAGAUUGUACCCUGUGGUACCUGGAAAUUCCCGUGUCCCAGACAAAGAUAUUCAUGUGGGUGACUAUGUCAUCCCUAAAAAUACACUGGUCUCUCUGUGUCACUAUGCUACUUCAAGGGACCCUUCCCAGUUCCCAGAGCCAAAUUCCUUUCAUCCAGCUCGUUGGUUAGGGGAGGGUCCAGCCCCCCACCCUUUCGCAUCUCUUCCCUUUGGCUUUGGCAAGCGCAGCUGUAUGGGGAGACGUCUAGCAGAGCUGGAGCUGCAAAUGGCUUUGACUCAGAUCUUGACACAUUUUGAGGUGCUGCCUGAACCAGAUGCUCCCCCAGUCAGACCCAUGACUCGCACUGUCCUGGUACCUGAGAGAAGCAUCAAUCUACAGUUUGUGGACAGAUAGUUCUGUGGACAGAGGCUGCCAUCAUCACUCUUUCUGUUCAGCUAGAGCUCUCCUUAUUAGGCACAGGACAAAAGUCAGGCCUCACCCCCAAGACCCGUAUAUCUGAGCAAACUGCAGGAAGCAGGCCUAAUCCAUGUAAAGAACAUAGUUGGCCUGACUCAGUGGGUCCUGAAAAAACCAUGGUCCCUUCUUCUGCACAGUGCUUCUCUUGAUCAUCCCUCAAGGAUCCGGAUCAGAUUUGAACCUCUCACUCAAGGACAAAUUCAGAUGCUAAUAAUCCUCGGUGGCCUGAGGAAGGAUCCAAUAACCACUGGUUUUCACCGGUGCUGCUAGCUAAGCAUUUAUCACAACAUGAGCUAAGUGUGUAUCUGCUCGGCCCCUGGUUGGUUCUCAAGUGACAGGAUGAGGCCUAUUGCUUACUGUUUUGUUGUUGUUGUUUUUUGGUUUUUGGUUGUUGUUUGUUUGAGACAGCCCAGACCUGGAACCCUUGCCUCAUCUUCCCUAGUGCUUGGAUUACAGAUAUGAGCCACCACCCUUAGCCUUAUUUGACCUUUAUAUCCCUGUCCAGGUGACACCAUACACACCUUCAGAUUGAACCUGGCAGAAGGAUGCACAGUUUACCAGGCUCUGUUCCCUUCCUUCUUUAUCCGGCCAGUGGCAAGGGGACUCUGUCCUGGCCUGGCUUACAAUAGUUUUAAAGCUUUCGUUGGCUCUCUGGCCACUAAUAAGUAGGCUUUCCCUACCACUUAGUUCCCAUCUUUGGGUCUGUUCCUUGUCCAGGCGUCUGUCUUUUUUAUACUGAAUUUUUAAUAGUUAUUAAUAAAGUUUUUAAAAUAAAA